AUGUUUCUCGGUAAUACAUCAACACUUUGCGUUGUUGCAAUUGAGGAUUGCAUAAACUUUCUCGUUUCAGAAAUCUCAUUGCCGCACUGGAGCGCUCAACGUCACUGCAAUUCUAUGACGAUCGACAUCAAGUUAAAAAUGCCAUCUGCAGAUGCAGGACAUACCGGCGUGAAUCAGCUUGGUGGGGUUUUCGUAAAUGGUCGGCCUCUUCCUGACACAACAAGGCAGAAAAUUGUCGAAUUAGCUCAUGGAGGAGCACGUCCAUGUGAUAUCAGUAGAAUUCUGCAAGUGUCGAAUGGAUGCGUUUCGAAGAUACUGUGUCGAUACUAUGAAUCAGGUACGAUCCGCCCACGAGCCAUUGGAGGAUCAAAACCAAGAGUAGCCACCAACAAUGUUGUCGAGAAGAUUGAGGAGUACAAACGAGAACAGCCUAGCAUAUUUGCUUGGGAAAUUCGCGACAAGCUGCUCACCGACCAUAUCUGCUCUCAGGACACGAUACCAAGCGUUUCCUCCAUCAAUCGAGUGCUACGCAACUUGGCCGCGCGCAAAGAGCAGCAAGCCAUGCAAACCGACUUCUACGAUCGGCUUCGAUUCGUCGAUCCAAAUCUCGCAUACUCGGGCCAGUGGUAUAACCAGUGGACAACAAUGCCUAUGCCUGGAGUCGGCCUCACUCCCUUCUCCUCUCUUCCUCAUCAAGCUCCGGUGGAAACUAAGAAAGAUCCAGAUGACGAUCAAAAGCCACCGAAUGACCCGGACGAGGAUGCGGCUGCGAGAAUGCGUCUCAAACGAAAACUGCAGAGGAACCGCACGUCUUUCAGCCAGGAGCAGAUUGAAGCUCUCGAAAAAGAAUUUGAACGAACUCAUUAUCCUGACGUUUUCGCUCGAGAGCGACUAGCCCAGAAGAUCGGCCUUCCAGAAGCACGGAUACAGGUUUGGUUUUCAAAUCGUCGUGCAAAAUGGAGGCGGGAAGAGAAGCUGCGCAACAAACGACCUGGUGGACUUAUGGAUACUUCCAUGUCAAAUGGCACACCAACACCAACGGGUUCGGGUCCCGGAAGUGCUAUUGAUGGAUCACCUGCACCACCACAGAAUCGUUUUCCUCCAAAUCCCACUGCAGUUAGUACGAGUUUCGUACCGUCUGCGGGUCAGAUGUACACAGGUCUAGCACCUCAGGCUAUGGACCCUUAUGCAUUUGGAUUCGCCAAUGCAGGCCUGGGCAUGGCACCUUACCAGCCGACAGCAGAUUUUAGCUCCCAUCAUAUGUUCAGUGCCAAUACUCGAUCACCUUACGAUGCUUUCCAUCCAUACGCUCGACCAAUGCCAACCAGUGGUGGACCGUCAUUCCAACCUUCUAUGAAUCCAGCCACGACAUCCGUUGGAGGCCUCGGAUCCAGCAUGGGCCUACCAGUAUCAGCAGUGUUGAGCACCAUCGAUCAACCAUCUCUCGGGCAGACAUCGAUGCAUGAUUUGGGAGAUGGUCAACAGCACGAACAGUACUGGCGACAAUGACUUCUCUAGCGCUUCUGUUCGUACACUCGUGCACCUCCACGUCCGACCAGAGCUUCAGGCACGCGAUUUUGUCCCAUUCUCGACGCCGUCCCCUCCAGUCCUUUUCUAAAGCAUCCCUUUAGUCACAUAUUACUUGUACUAGUUGUUCCCCUCACCCCUUAGAACGAGAAAGCGUCAAGAGUAGGCUGGUCGACGUGCCUUCUGCGUGAUUACUUCCCCUGUUAUCGCAGUUGUCAUACCAUGCAAUGACGUAUCAUACAGACCCCGUUCCGAUGCGUUGUACCGUAUUCUUUUGUUGUGGACAGCCUCCAAUUUGUUGGUGGCGCAAUCACGUCCCACUGUUCUAUCAAUUCUAUCUAGUUGAAAGCCGUCUCGUGUACCUAUAUUAUUUUAUUCUUCUUCUCAUAUCAUGUAAAUUUCGUUUGCGCUCGCUAAAUGUUCCUUUGUUUUUUACGAUUGUCAUGUUGUUUGUCUAUUGGUUGUCAAGCAUAACAAAUUUGGUGAUUUCAUAAAUAUUACAAAUGUU